AUGUCUUGCUCAUCUCGCGUCUCCUCCUCCAAGGCUGGAGGCAGCGGCUCGGUCAGGGUGUCUGUUGGUAGAAGCAGCUUCAGCAGUGGAAGCAAAUGUGGCCUGGGGGGCAGUUCUACCCGGGGCUUCCGAGGAGGAACCAGCAGCUGUGGCCUGAGUGGGGGAUCUAGCAGUGGCUUUGGGGGCAGCGUUGGUGGGGGCUUUGGUAGCUGCUCAGUAGGGGGAGGUUUUGGAGGAAGCUCAGGCUUUGGCGGGGGUGCUAGCUUUGGGGGGGGCUCUGGAUUCGGCUGUGGAUUCAGUGGGAGUUCAGGCUUUGGCAGGGGCUCUGGGUUCGGUGGAGGGUCUGGAUUCGGUGGCAGUUCUGGUGGAGGCUUCUGCAGCUACGGCGGCGGUAUGGGAGGUGGGGCUGGCGAUGGGGGGCUUUUCUCUGGAGGUGAGAAGCAAACCAUGCAGAACCUCAACGACCGCCUGGCCAAUUACCUGGACAAAGUCAAGGCCCUGGAGGAGGCCAACACUGACCUGGAGAACAAGAUCAAGGAGUGGUAUGACAAAUUUGGGCCCGGGUCGAGAGAUUCUGCAUCUGGAAGAGAUUACAGCAAAUACUAUGCAAUAAUUGAAGAUCUCAGGAAUAAGAUCAUUACUGCCACUAUUGAAAAUGCUGGGAUCGUUUUGCAAAUUGACAAUGCCAGACUGGCUGCUGAUGACUUCAGACUGAAGUAUGAGAACGAGCUAUACCUCCGGCAAAGCGUGGAGGCCGACAUCAACGGCCUACGGAAAGUUCUGGACGACCUGACCAUGACCCGCUCUGACCUGGAGAUGCAGAUUGAGAGUCUCACUGAGGAGCUGGCCUACAUGAAGAAGAAUCACGAGGAGGAAAUGAGGAGUCUGCAAGGAAGCUCUGGAGGGGACGUGACCGUGGAAAUGAAUGCCGCCCCAGGAACCGACCUGACCAAAUUACUGAAUGGUAUGAGAGCACAGUACGAGGAGCUGGCGGAGCAAAACCGCCGAGAGGCUGAGGAGCAGUUCAACAAGCAGAGCGCAUCACUGCAAGCACAGAUCUCUACGGAUGCCGGGGCAGCCAGUUCUGCCAAGAGUGAGAUAACAGAACUGAAACGGACUCUGCAAGCCCUGGAAAUUGAGCUACAGUCCCAACUGGCCAUGAAAAGCUCCCUAGAAGGGACCCUGGCUGACACGGAAGCUGGCUACGUGGCCCAGCUGUCAGAGAUCCAGAUGCGGAUCAGCAGCCUGGAGGAGCAGAUCUGCCAGGUCCGGGGCGAGACCGAAUGCCAGAACAUGGAAUACGAACAACUGCUGGACAUCAAGACACGCCUGGAGAUGGAGAUCGAGACCUACCGCCGCCUGCUCGAUGGAGAGCGAGGUGGUUCUGGUUUUGGAGGAUUUGACUAUAAAACCUCAGGAUCCAAAAACACGGGAUCUGAUGACUCAAGAUCUGGAAACUGUUCUGGUCAAGGAAGAGAUCCCAGCAAGACUAGAGUGACCAAGACCAUCAUAGAGGAGGUGGUGGAUGGCAAAGUUGUCUCAUCGCAGGUCAGCAAUAUUUCCGAGGUGAAAGUUAAGUAAGCAAUUACCAGAUCAACAAGGGUGUCUUUCAAAGAAAAAAAUCAAGAAGGACACAAGUGAAGAAAUGGCAUUAAU